AUGACUGCUCGGCAAAUCAGGACGCUAUCAUCAUCAGAGCCACAUCCAUCUUCGACUUCUACAUGUUUUCCACCGCCUAGCUCUUCGCUCCCGAGUUCUCUUUCUCAAUCAACAUUUAUUUCUCCUCCAGCUUGCGAUUCAUUCUCGGCCACUACUACUCCAGUAAUGCCGUCACCUUUUAUGGCAGCCGAGAGCAGAUCAUAUCAGCCUUACUUGGCAAGUCCAGAGAUUUGCAAUGAAUUUAGUACUAGUGUCGGUUGUGAUACUACUGGGAACAAGGAUACUCUAUCAACAUCGUCGUCGUCGUCAAAUCGAUUACAACAGUUGCCAUUAUUCACAUCAUCGCAAAUAUAUGACCAUGCAACACCAGAUACCUAUCAGCGUUCGGCAUGCUUUCAACUGCCAGUUCACUCGAACACAUACCCAUACAUGCCAUCACUGUAUCAACAAACUCUCGAAACGUCUCUUUAUUCGAAUCCUUCUUACCAUCUCCCUUCUCCCCAGUUCCAUCAUUCUCAAUCUCAAUCUCAUCAAUCGGUUUCCCAAUCCCAUUCACAUAAUCACCAAAUCAACCAUAACAACUCGUUUCCAAGAUGUCCCGACUAUACGCAGUGUCAGUUCGAUGGCGGAUAUUAUUGCUCGAACGUGUUUACUGGUGGUGCAACUGAUGUUCAGAAUGCUUACGUAUCGAUUGGGAAUGGUUUUGGAAUGUGUGAAGUUGCGGCAGGUAGUGGUGGGACUAGUAUUAAUCCGAAAGCAGUAUUUGAUGUCUGGUGUGCGAAUAACCAAAAUGUAGAAGGAAAAGGAGGAAACGGGAAUGCAAACGGUGAAUGCGGCUCAAAUAGUUUGGAUUAUGAAAGUAUCGGGAACGAAGCGAGUAUUACCGAUAGCAUUGUCGGAGAGGUAGAGAGAAGGAAAUGCCAAAAAAGCGAUCAGUGCGCAAGCGCAAAUACGAUGCAUUCUUAUUCUAGCAAUGUUUCUUUUACGUCUGAUUCCGAACCCUUCUCACCAGUCCACCAACCGUCGCAAUCAUUCUCUCAUCACUCUACUCCAUCUUCAGCCGCUCGAUCACCUGAUACUGAACUUUCUACGUCCAGUUCUCAAGUCGAAAAACAAUCUAAAAAACGUCGUAGAAGAAAGAUCAAAGCUGUGAUUGAUACCGGUAGAUCCACAAAGGACGAGCCAAGGACGAAACUUGGAGAGAUUUAUAAAUGUGCGAAUUGUGGAACGAGAGAGACGCCCGCUUGGAGGAGGGAUCUUGAAGGAAAGGAACUAUUGUGUAAUGCAUGUGGAUUGUAUUUAAAAAUAAAAGGUACUCAUAGACCAACAGAAAUAGGCCCAGGUGGUGAGAUCAGGUUGACUAAACCGGAAAGAUAUGACGAUGAUUCGCUGCAGAAAUGUGCCAAUUGUGAAACUAAAGACUCGCCAUGUUGGAGAGGGCCUAAUGGGCAUAAAAUGUGUAAGUAUAGGGAACAGGACGACGACAAGUAUUUGGUUUUCGACGAUGAUUUUUCUUGUUUAUUAAUAGAUAUCGAAUUAGGCAAUCGAUGCGGAUUGUUUUACAAGCAGCACGGUUACCAACGACCAGUUUCUUCAAAUAAGAAGAAGAAUUCUCACUAUCGACCAUAUUGA